CAAAGACAGACCAGACUGGACACACUUGGAAAUCAGGUUCCAGCAACCGCCAAAAAGAUGGCAGUUCAAGUCGUAUCACAAAAUUCGAGCCGCAGUGCUGAUCAGUGGGAUUGUUUCUAUAUUUAUCGUCCAGCUAUAGAUAUAUGAACAACCCCCUUCGACCACGUACAGCUCAAACAACAACUUGGAUAUCAACAUCCAACUAUACUCGACAUCUCAAGAUGAAGCCUUCUACAGUCGUGAUCAGCCUGCUCCUUAGCGCUGUGAGCGCCUCUCCCGCCCAUACUGCCCUCCUCAGCCGAGCUGUUGGAUCCAAAUGCACGGCUUUCGAGGGCGAAGGAUCAUGCCAGAAGUCAAGCACCUGCAAGGGAAUCUCGUACUCUCAGGCUCUCUGCCCGAACGAUCCAGUCGAUGUCCAAUGCUGCGUUGAACAUGAGUGCAGCACCGGUGCCGGCCAUGGGUUCUGCCGCAGCCUCUCAAACGGUUGUCCAGGCGGUCGUUUCGAUAAGGGAUCCGGCCCAGAGUGGCCAUGCCCAGGCGGCGAUAACAUACAAUGUUGCAUCAAGAGAGAAGACGACAAUGAUCCCCCUACUCCAGGCAACGGUAGUGUCGGCCAGCAGAUCCUCGACAAGGCCUUGACUGCAGCAGGUGUACCAUAUGCCUGGGGAGGAGGCAGCUGCGAGGGUCCAACUCACGAUAUGCCCCCCUGGCAGAACGGUGAGAUCGGGUACGACUGUUCCGGCCUAAUAGGCUGGGCUGUCUGCCAGGUUACGGGACGAGAUUUAUUCAGCGAAGGACUGCGAGUUACUAGGUCCAUGUACUGUGCUUCAGAGGAGAAGCUGCGCUAUAAGAAAUACCCCUUUGCCGAACGCAAGCCAGGAGACGCCGUGUUCUUCGGCGGGAGCUGUGAUUGUGGAAAUCCGGAUACCAUCCACCAUGUUGGCCUGAUGAUGGACUCUGGGGAUCGUAUGUGGAAUGCGCCCAACGACGAUGUCAACCAGGUGCAGGAGAACAAUAUCUCGGGUUUCGGCGAGAAGCCUUGUCCAGACGUCGUUCGAUUUGAGUAA